AUGCAGCAGCCGGGCUACUUCGCCGAGGACGUGCUCCCCCUUUUGGCCAGCCUGCCGACCUGGCCGCAGCCGUCGCGCAAGGGCGCGACGCGCGACGCAGAAUGGAUCCUCUGGGUCAAAAUGCGCAUGUGGAACCGCCUCAAGGCGCAAUUCACCGGCAUAAUCGAGUCCGACUUCAAAGAGCAGGGGCUCGAGGAGGAGGACCUGGCUUGGAUCGCGGGCGGACUCGUCGACGCCGGCUCGGCCACGUCCACCGCCAACUUCCACAACAUCGUCCUCUACCUCGCCGCCUGCCCAGACGUCCAGGCCACCGCGGCGAAGGAGAUCGCUGCCGUCGUCGGGGAUGACCGCGCCCCGGCCAUGUCUGACGUAUCGCCUCUCCCCUAUGUUUGGGCAUGCAUCGAGGUCCUGCACCGCAACACGAUGCCGCCGUGGGCGAUCCGCCACUUCACCGACGCCGACGUGACGCACAAGGGCUUCGUUAGCCCCAAGUGCCCCGCCGUGGUGUGUGACACGGUGGCGCUGCAAUUCGACGAGGAGCGGUAUCCCGAUUCGUUCGCGUUCCGGCCUGAGAGGUACCUCGGCCACACAGAGUUCGCCGGCGACUAUGCAGCCAUGGCCGACGCCCAGCCCCGGGACCACUGGACCUUUGGCGCUGGAUGGAGGGUGUGUCCCGGCACGCGGCCCGCCAAGAGCAACUUGGCCCUGAUGCUGGCCAACAUCUUGUGGGCGUUCGAGAUCCGGCCGCCGACGGGCGCCGAGAAGGGCGGCAAGGGCUCAGCUAUAGACUUGUCAGAUGACGCGUUCGACAUGUAUCCCCUGCGUCAGGCCAGGCCGUUCAAGGCGGGGUUCUGUCUGCGCUUGAUGUUGCAAGAGGGCUUGACGGUUGAGGCUGCAUUUUGA